AUGGUUGACUUCAAGAGUGAAACCGUCACCAAGGUGUCGGAAAAGGUCCACGAUGCCACUGAAAAGAUGGGCGACAUGCUUGACCAGGCCGAAGCUGGCAAGAUUCCUGGCACAAAGGGCCACCACCCCGUCUCUGCUGUGAUCGGUACAGCUUUGACCGGUGGUAUGAAGAAUGCUGGUACCAAGGGUUAUCUGGCGGCUUACAUCAAAGAGCUUGAGGACAAUCCUCUGCGCACCAAGAUGCUCACCGCUGGUACUCUUGCUGGUACACAGGAGCUCGUCGCUUCAUGGCUCGCCAAGGACCGCAACAAGCACGGCAACUACUUCACUGCUCGUGUUCCCAAGAUGGCCGCAUAUGGUGCUCUCAUCAGCGCUCCUCUAGGUCAUUUCCUCAUCUGGGCGCUCCAGAAGGCUUUCAAGGGCCGCACCAGCCUGCGCGCCAAGAUUCUGCAGAUUCUUGUCAGCAAUCUCAUUAUCGCUCCUAUCCAGAACAGCGUCUACCUCGUUGCUAUGGCUCUCAUCGCCGGCGCUCGCACCUACCAUCAGGUUCGUGCUACCGUCAAGGUUGGCUUCUGGAAGGUGAUGCGGGUCUCGUGGAUCACCUCGCCUAUCUGCCUGGCUUUUGCUCAGAAGUUCCUCCCUGAUCAGCUCUGGGUACCCUUCUUCAACAUCGUGUCCUUCAUCAUCGGCACCUACAUCAACACCAUCACCAAGAAGAAGCGUCUCGCAGCUCUCCGCAAGAAGCACUUCGGUGACGACCGUCGAUCCAACGCCGGUGAUAUGCGACCAGGCCGCCCCGAUGACUACCCUCCUCCUGGCAUGGGUGGCCCCAACCCUCCCUACUAA